GAGGGGAUUGGGCUGGAUGCUAUCAAUGAUGCUUUCCUGCUGGAGUCCUCGGUGUACAGGCUGCUGAAGCAUUACUGUGGGGCUCGUCCCUACUACCUGCACCUGCUGGAGCUCUUCCUGCAGACAGGCUACCAGACAGAGCUGGGGCAAAUGCUGGAUCUCAUCACUGCUCCUGUGUCCAAGGUGGAUUUGAACCGUUUCAGCGAGCAGCGGUACAAGGCGAUUGUUAAGUACAAGACAGCAUUUUACUCCUUCUACCUCCCUGUGGCUGCAGCCAUGUACAUGGCUGGUAUUGACAGCAAACAGGAGCAUGACAACGCCAAAGCCAUUCUGCUGGAGAUGGGUGAAUUCUUCCAGAUCCAGGACGAUUACCUGGACUGCUAUGGGGACCCUGCACUGACAGGGAAGGUUGGCACUGACAUCCAGGACAACAAGUGCAGCUGGUUGGUGGUGGAGUGUCUGCGCCGGGUCACACCGGAGCAGAGGAAGGUCCUGGAGGAGAACUAUGGCUGUAAGGAGCCCGAGAAGGUGGCAAAGGUGAAGGAGCUCUACACCACCCUGGGCAUGGAGGCAGCUUUUCGGGAGUACGAGGAGAGCAGCUACCAGCGGCUGCAGGAGCUGAUCGCACAGCAC